AUGAACUUCGGCCGCCGCAGGAGCUUCAGCUCCAUCGAGGAGGACCGCACGUCGAGCCCGGGCACGCGCACGCCCCUGCACCAGUACCACGCGCGCUUCACCAUGUCGUCCGUGCCCAUGAGCGGCCGCUGCUCGCCCUGGGCGCAGUCGCCGCUGCACGGCCGCCACAGGUUCCCGCCCUCGCCCGGCGCCAUCUACCACUGCCUCGCCGCGCUGCACCGACUGGAGAGCGACGUGCACGCGCUGGCCGUCGCCCGCGGCGUCCUGUUCGCGGCCUCCGACAGCGGCCGGGUCCGCGCGUGGGCGGCGCCCGAGUGCUGCGACCGCGGCUACCUCGACGUGGGCCGCGGCCGCGUCCAGGCGCUCGCCGCGUGCGGGCACACGCUCGUCACGUCCCACGGCCGUGGCCACAACGUCCGGGUCUGGACCGUCCGCGCCGCCGCCACCAGUGAGCCCCACGUCCGCGCCAAGAAGGCGGCCACCCUCCCGGCCAACGGCCGCCUCUCCGUCCUCUGCUUCGGCAAGAAGCGCCCGCCGCACCACCACCGCGACACCGUCUCCUGCCUCGUCCUCCACGCCGCCGCGGGCCUCCUGUACACCGCCUCCCACGACCGCACCGUCAAGGCGUGGAAGCUCUCCGACGGCGCCUGCACCGACUCCUUCGCCGCGCAUGACGGGCCGAUCAACGCCAUGGUCGUAAACGAGGCCGACGGGUGCGUCUUCACGGGCUCCAGCGACGGCACCGUCAAGAUUUACUUCCUGUACGCCGGCUCGUCCGACGGCUACGUCAACGUGUGGGACAAGAAGGCCACCGUGGGCCGGCCGGUGCACGCGGGGUACCUCAAGGGCCACCGCCUGGCGGUCUACUGCCUGGCCUCCGGCGGCUGCGGCGGACGGGUGGUCGUGAGCGGCUCGGAGGACGCGACCAUGCGCGUGUGGAGGCGGGAGGGGACGGGCGGCGGCGCGACGCACACGUGCCUGGCCGUGAUCGAGGGCCACCGGGGCCCGGUGCGGUGCCUGACCGUGGGCGACGGCGAAGGCAGUGAGGUGGAGGGCCGCGGCAUGGUGGUGUACAGCGCGGGGCUGGACAAGAGCGUCAAGGUGUGGAGGAUACGGGUGGUGGCGAAGGAGGAGGAGGAGGACGACGACGACGAUGACGGCGAGGGGGGCGCACAGGCCGAGAUAAUGGCUGGGAAUGCCGACGGCGACGCCAUCCCAGCAAGGAACGAUUUGGAGGACAGCAAGAAGAUGGAGUUCGUAGGGCCGACGCCGGUGCCGUCGCCGUCGUGGGUGGUGAAGCGGAGGCACACCAGCCGUGGGUGA